ACCACCACCAUCACCAUGUUCACCAAGAUCAUCCUCCUCUUCACCUCCCUCCUCCCCACCCUCAUCACUGCAGCGGACACCAAAUCUUCCACCGUCAACCCCGAAUUAAACGCUGCCCUCCGCAUGGCCGCCACAAACUUCGACCGCAAUGCUCUUCUCCCCGCCGAUGAAGACUGGUACUUCGACUUCGACUCCAGCUCCAACUAUGACUCGCCCACUGGCGCUGUCAUCAACGCCAAUGCUGCCAGCUUCCCUGCUCUGACUGGCCUCGGCUCCAGCAUGGCUCUCCUUAAGCUGGCUCCCUGUGGUAUGCUGCCACCGCAUCUGCACCCUAGGGCUACCAACUUGGUUACUGCCAUCACGGGUAACACGACGACUUACAUGAUUGGCGAGAAUGGCGUUAAGACACGCAAGGUGGAUAUGAUUCCCAUGCGUGUUACUAUUUUCCCGCAGGGAAGUCUGCAUAUGAUGCAGAACAAUGACUGCGAACCCGCCCUCCUCCUCAGUGCGCUCAACAGCGACGACAGCGGUACCCUCAACAUCCUACCCAGCCUCUGGUCCGUCCCUCAAGACAUCAUCAGCGCUGGCUUCGGCGACGCGUCUUUCAACCCCGCCAGUGUUGGUGGAAUGAUCCCUGAAGUGGGCACUGGAGCUAUUAUCGGAUCCGCGGAGUGCAAAAAGAAGUGCAAUAUCCAGAUGUAAGGCAUCCAGUUGGGUUAGUGGAGACUAGGGCUGUGCCGCACUGGCUACUGUCGUUGCGGCAGUAGCGCGUGUGGCGCAGACGUUUGCAACGGCUUUGUUUAUUUUCUUCCCCUUACCUUUUGCUUCUUUGCUGAAGUUUGGGUUAACUUUUUCGCAUUCGCUUUGCUCUUGCGUUUGCAAGCUGUGGGGUUUUUUCGAGUUUACUACUGCUUUCUCGGUUUCGAUGUUAAACAUGAUGUCAUGAUGCAUGCAUACCUAGAUAUGACAGAAAAGAACAACAAUAAAAAGCUUCUUGUUUUCUGCAUCCUGACCAACUUCACCUUGCUUCCUUUCGUCCUGGUCAGAUCUUGCAUCGA